ACAUAACAAGUCUGAAGAUACACACCCAAGGCCAUUCAGGGACAGUUCUGAGUUUACGCACGGACGCGAACACCAAGCUAGGAGAGAAACAGAUCGAUCGAGUCAUCGAGAAAUAAAGAAACCAAGCAAUGGCGGGCGAAGGAGAUGUGAAGCUGCUUGGCGUGGCGGUGAGCCCGUUCGCGCUCCGGGUGCGCAUGGCGCUGCAGAUGAAGGGCGUGGGCUACGAGUACAUCGAGCAGGACUUGUUCAACAAGAGCGAGCUGCUGGUGGCGUCGAAUCCGGUGCACAAGAAGGUCCCCGUGCUCAUCCACGGCAGCAAGCCCAUCUGCGAGUCUUCGGCCAUCGUGCAGUACGUGGACGAGGCCUGGGCCACGGGAGGCCCAUCCAUCCUCCCAGCCGACCCUUACCAGCGGGCCGUCGCUCGCUUCUGGGCCGCGUACGUCGACGACAAGGUGUUCCCGGCCUGGGUCGCCAUCAUGCGCGCGGCGACGGAGGAGGAGAGGGCGGAGAAGCUCGCCGCGGCGCAGGACGUGGUCGAGCUAAUGGAGGGAGCCUUCGCCGAGUGCUCUGGCGAUGGGGAGGAGGAGGAGGACAAGGACUUCUUUGGCGGCGACUCCGUCGGGUACGUCGACCUCGCGCUGGGGUCCAACCUGUUCUGGUUCCAGCCGCUGCACGAGAUGUUCGGCGUGACGGUCAUCGACGCCGGCAAGGCUCCGCGGCUGGCCGCGUGGGCUGAGCGGUUCCUGGAGACGGAGGUGGCCAAGGUGGUGGCGCCGGCCCCGGGCAGCGUGGUGGAGUACGCCGGGAAGCUCAGUGCUCGCCGCUUGGCUGCUGCUGCCGCGGCAGCCAAUAAGUGAGUGGCCAGGAGAGCUUCGGUGGUCUCCGGACCUGUGGAACGACAUUUGGUCGCCGUUGAAUCUCUCGUGGACGUAUGGGUCUAGUCUGAUGAUUGUGGUCAUCAAUUUAUUAGCUUACCCAAAAUGGUUUCAACUUUACUUUUCUGAGUUGUGUGUGAUCGAUUUCAUUAUGUUGACAAUAAAAUGUUCAUUUUAUUAUAUUUUUCAUGCGUGUGUUUUGUUAA